AUGCUCGCUAAACGCUACGGAAAUCCACAAAAUUGGAAUGAUACAUACCGUGCUGGAUCUCUGGGAAGAUGGAAAACAUUCUAUGAAGUUCGGACGGCGUUCGACUUUCUCCUCAUCCUCGCCUUGCUGGGAAUUCUGACUGCUGCGAUCCUAUUUCGUAAACGUGGAUUGCAACGCCCCGCCAUUCUUUUCAAGCCCUUCAUCGCAUCAAUCAUUUUAUACAUGAUAUCCCACCUCUUAUCCGCCAUCGUCAACUGCAUCUAUCUAACCGAUGCAACAGUAAAAAUGGCCUUUCAACUUGCUCUGAUCUUGCAAGAAUUCACCUACCUCCUCGCCCUAUGCAUGAUACUCUAUCUUUUCUACCGGCUCACCUUCCUGUUCCAGGAGCGGUCUACCGGUCGAGUAUCAGACGGCUUGAUGCUAUUCCACGGAGUAAUAUUUGGCUUGAUGAUUCCGAUCUGUGUCGCGGAAUUCGCUACAUAUGUCUUAAAUACAGUCAAAGACUAUGACGUUAACCCGCGGGAGAGGUUGGCUUCGCAUUGGAUACAAGUUAUUCGACCGCUUUACACCUGGCUUGCGUCUUUGGAAAUUAUGAUUUGGGGAAUUUGUUUGAUGGUUAGAACUUCCAGGAUUGAUAGGAAGGCAAAGCCAUCCGCAUCCUCCUUUUUGCUUGGAAGCAUCGGCUUCUUCGCCAUGAACUUGAUGUGGGCGAUUAUCACUAUUCAGUGGGAUAUCGUCGCCUACCUGGGGUAUGGUGGAACUAUUUUCCCGCGAUGGAUCCACUACAUCGAAGUCAUCUUCCCAUUCUUUUGCAUUGUGAUCACCUAUAUCGGGAUCCUAAUGUGUUGCACUCGCUUGGCCGGUCUCGAUGACUUGAAUAUCUUUCCCACGGAUGGGCCCUCAACUUAUCCCAUGAUGACCUACCAAAAUCCAUACUCAAAUUCUCCAGAUAUGGAGUCAAGACCGAUGAUUACGGAAUACGAUCCAGCUCGAGGACUCUGGGAAGCUGGGUCUCGGCCGAUUCACGAGGCGGAUGCGGUUCACAGCCUUCGCGCGUGGAAGCCAUAA